AUGGCAGUAGUAAUAGUAGUAGCCGCAGUAGUAAUAGCGGCAGUAGUAGUAGUAGCAGCAACAGUGGUAAUAAUGGCAGUAGUAAUAGUAGUAACAGCAGAAGCAAGCAGUAGUAAUAGUAGUAGUAGCAGCAGCAGUAGUAAUAAUGGCAGUAGUAAUAGUAGUAGCAGCAGUAGUAAUAAUGGCAGUAUACUAGUAGUAACAGCAGAAGCAAGCAGUAGUAAUAGUAGUAGUAGCAGCAAUGGUAGUAACAAUAGUAGUAGUAGAAACAGCAGUAGUAGUAACAAUAGUAGUAGCAGCAUCGGUAUUAGUAACAAUAGUAGUAGUAGCAACAGCAGCAGUAGUAACAACAGUCGUACCAGCAGCAGAAGCAGUAAUAGUAUUAUAGCAACAAUAGUAACAAUAAUAGUAGUAAUAAUAACAGCAGCAGUAGUAGUAGCAGCAGCAAUAACAGUAUAA